UUAGGCGGCGGCGCCAUGGAGCGGCCCGGGAGCGCCGAGGGGGCCUGGGCCGCGCUGCUGGGCCGGCAGCACCCGCAGGCCCGGGAGUUCUGCCCGGGGGUGAACAACCGGCCCUACGUGUGCGAGACCGGGCACUGCUGCGGGGAGAGCGGCUGCUGCACCUACUACUACGAGCUGUGGUGGUUCUGGCUGCUCUGGACCAUCCUGAUCCUGCUGAGCUGCUGCUGCGCGUUCCGGCACCGCCGGGCCAAGCUGCGCCUGCAGCAGCAGCAGCGGCAGCGUGAGAUCAACCUCAUCGCCUACCACGGUGCCUGCCAGUACCCCCCGUCCUCGGGGGACCUCCGGCUGCUGGCCUCCUUCAAGCUCCCGGCGUACGAGGAAGUGGCGCAGCGCCCCGGGACGCCGCCGCCGCCCUACAGCCCCGGGAGCCCCUCACUGUCCCCCGGCUCCUCUGGGGGCUGCAGCUCCUGCUCCUGUGGCUGCUCCUGCGCCUCCUCCCCCAGCAGCUCCUCGCUCUCGGCGCCGGGCACCGACGAGACGGACCCGGAGCCGGGCCCGGGCAGUGGCAGCGCCGGCGGCUCCAGCAGCACCGGCACCGGUGCCAGCUGGGACCUGCCCCUGCCUGAGGAGCUGCCGGCCCAUGGGGGCCCCCCCAAACAAGUUCUCCCAGAUUUCUGUGAGGCUGAGGGCCGCCCCUGCUCUGACACCGAGGGGGGUGAGGAUGGGGGAGGCAGAGCGGUGCUAGGGGGGUGUCCCGGGCGGCACCGGCGGCUCACAGGGGAUUCGGGCAUCGAGGUGGGCCGGGGCCUAGAGGAGGAUGAGGGUGAGCCUGAGGGCUGCGGGGCACCGGGGGGUGAUGGGGGGCCUGGCUCACCUGUGCUGCCUGUCUGAGCCCUGUCCCCAGGACCCCCAGCUGGGGUCUGGACUCAUCACGGAGCCUCUGGGGGCCCCUUGCCCCGACUGACACCUACCCUGCAGUGUGGCGGGGUCCUGCUGGGGCCGCCUUCCCCUCCAAACUGCUCCUGGGGCCUCCCCCAUGAUCCCGGUGCUGCUGCCUAGGGGGGCCCCAUAGCCUGGGGGGGGUUCCCCAGACCACGGGAUGGGUGAUCCCGGAGUGUUCUCUCACCAUUAAAGAGAUGUGGAAGUAC